CCCUCCCCGCUUCCAACCCCGAUUCCUCCCCGGCCGCUCCUCCUGCUGCCUCUCGGGCGCAAGGCGCGGGGUGCGGGGCCCGGGGGCUUUUGCGCGGGCCGCGGGCACCCCGCCUCCUGGGGCCCCGGCGGGGACGGCCCCGGCGUCUGACAGCCUGGGGUGGAGCUGGGGGAGGGGAGGAUGGGCGUGGGCGUGCAGACCGGGGGGUAUCAGUCCCCGCGUCUGGGUCUCGCAGAAAAGCUUCUAAAUUUAGAUUUCGGAGAUUGUGUUGUCUAAGGGUUUGUCUGAGCCGCCUCGGAAGACCUCCGGCUCUUGUCAGGCUCUCGUCUGAUACAGAUCACUUGGAUUCAGUCGAGUUUGCUUUGCUCCGUGGGAACUGCACCAGAGCUGGAGGUUAGCAUCUUGCAAGGAGGUAGUAACAUAUCCAGUCGUGAAACUGGGAAAGACCAGAGCUCUUGCAUCAGGGAAACAUGUCCCGUCGGAAACAGACAAAUCCAAAUAAAGUUCACUGGGAUCAAGUAUUUGCUGGGCUAGAAGAGCAAGCCCGCCAGGCGAUGAUGAAAACUGAUUUUCCUGGAGACCUUGGCAGUCAGCGACAAGCUAUCCAACAACUAAGAGAUCAGGACUCCAGUAGCAGUGACAGUGAGGGUGAUGAAGAGGAGACCACACAAGAUGAAGUCUCUUCCCACACAUCAGAGGAAGAUGGAGGGGUGGUCAAAGUGGAGAAAGAGUUAGAAAAUACAGAACAGCCUGUUGGUGGGAACGAAGUGGUAGAGCACGAGGUCACAGGGAAUUUGAAUUCUGACCCCUUGCUUGAACUCUGCCAGUGUCCCCUCUGCCAGCUAGACUGCGGGAGCCGGGAGCAGUUGAUCGCUCACGUGUACCAGCACACUGCAGCAGUGGUGAGCGCCAAGAGCUACAUGUGUCCUGUCUGUGGCCGGGCCCUUAGCUCCCCAGGGUCAUUGGGUCGCCACCUCUUAAUCCACUCGGAGGACCAGCGAUCUAACUGUGCUGUGUGUGGAGCCCGGUUCACCAGCCAUGCCACUUUUAACAGUGAGAAACUUCCUGAAGUACUCAAUAUGGAAUCCCUACCCACAGUCCACAAUGAGGGCCCCUCCAGUGCUGAGGGGAAGGACAUUGCCUUUAGUCCUCCAGUGUACCCUGCUGGAAUUCUGCUUGUGUGCAACAACUGUGCUGCCUACCGUAAACUGCUGGAAGCCCAGACUCCCAGUGUACGCAAGUGGGCCCUACGUCGACAGAAUGAGCCUUUGGAAGUACGGCUGCAGCGGCUGGAACGAGAGCGCACGGCCAAGAAGAGCCGGCGGGACAAUGAGACCCCCGAGGAGCGGGAGGUGAGGCGCAUGAGGGACCGUGAAGCCAAGCGCUUGCAGCGCAUGCAGGAGACAGACGAGCAGCGGGCACGCCGGCUACAGCGGGAUCGGGAGGCCAUGAGGCUGAAGCGGGCCAACGAAACCCCGGAAAAGCGGCAGGCCCGGCUCAUCCGAGAGCGAGAGGCCAAGCGGCUCAAGAGGAGGCUGGAGAAAAUGGACAUGAUGUUGCGAGCUCAGUUUGGCCAGGACCCUUCUGCCAUGGCAGCCUUAGCAGCUGAAAUGAACUUCUUCCAGCUGCCUGUAAGUGGGGUGGAGUUGGACAGUCAGCUUCUGGGCAAGAUGGCCUUUGAAGAGCAGAACAGCGGCUCUCUGCACUGAACCACACCAUCCUGCCUGCCCUCCUCCCCACCUACCCACCCACCUACCCACACCCACAGCCACGAGGACCAGUGCUGCUGCCACCCACGAGGCCGUCCUUGCUGCCAGAGGCAGGCCUGGGUUUGUUGCAGGUGGACCUGAGCAGCCCUUGCAUAUGGGAGCAGGAUGAUGGGGUCAGGAGGGACCUGGCUCAAGGCAGCUCUGGACAAGGGAGCAGGCAGUCCAGAGAACUGGCCUCCCCAGCCCACUGCCACAGGCCGUGCUUCUAGGACUGUGGGGCCCCUGUGUGGCCCAUGAAGUUGUGAGGUCAAAUAAAUUAAUUUUAUCUUUACUGCC